AUGAAAUUAAUAUCGGAAUUAUUAUUGUAUCUUGACAAAAAAACAUAUUUAAUGCUAAUGAAAAAUAGCUGCGAAAAAUAUUUGGAAGAAUUGACUGAAAGCGUAAUUUCGAAAUUUCCAUCAUUUAGAUUCAUAUUGGAAAUUGACGUUCUGGAUUUGCUUAACUUACACCCCGAUCUCGGAAAUUGGUUGUUAAAAGAACCUUUACAAUUUCAAAGAGCGUGCAGCGAAAUAUUAUAUGCGUGUCUUCAAAGUUUGAAUAACGACAACAAGGCUGUGGAAUUUGCGCAAGUAAUUACGAAUUUACGACUGAAAUGUGUUCCUCAGUUGGAAUUUCGUUGGAAGUCUCGAAGUUAUACAGGUCUAACGUCCAUUUACGGAUUACUUGUGUCCGUGUCUAAGCCCGAGAGUUACGUGAAUUAUACUGUGUGGUCGUGUCCCGAGGAAUGCGAAGGUAACGAAAUAAUUCGACACUACAUACCUGAAGUGCCCCCAAAAUGUUGCGUGUGCAAAAGCGUACAGUUUGAAAAUAGCGGUUUAAGGCAUUGUGGAGAGCGUGUCAUAGCUAAAUUUAAACUGAAAAAAUGUUUGCUUCCUGCUACGUUCACAAUUGUCGACGAUUUGAUAUCGAAACUAAAUGUGGGAGGACAUUACAUUAUAUACUUGACUGCUGUUAAAAAUUCUGCAAUUGUCUGGGAUUUAGAGCAGAGCUUUAGUUUGCGUGCCCCUCUAACGUCACCGGUACCUACCGAUGUAAAAGAGAUAUUCAACGCUUGUAAUGGUAUUCCUUGGCAAUUCAUAUACUGCCUCGCAUCAAGCAUCGGUAUCGAAGUAUCUCCUCUGCACAGUUUCAUGCAUCUGAAGAUAUCUUUGUUGCUGAGUUUGGCAAGCCUUAAAGCGAAUAUUCAGACAGGGUCCACAAUAAUCCACGUGUUAGCUGCGGGCUACGAUACUGGCUGUGUCGGACGGUUGAUGGAGAAAGGAGCUGAACUUGCCGACAGCGCAGUAUUCUUAGGAACCACUCACACUGUGGCGUCCACUGCGGUACUUGGGAGCUCUGGCGGGGUGUGCGCCAUGCCCUUACCAUUACACAUCUAUAACCAGAAAGCUACGUCUGCUAUACUAUCAUUUAUAGAGACCGGCGAAGUAGCGACUGAAAUGGGUAAAGUGAAACUACGAAGCGCUAUCUGGGCGCAAGGGAUGGACUUUAACAAAACGAAUCUUGUGAAUGUAGCCAGUGUGUUCGGCAACGUAUGCCGCGGUGACUACGGAGAAUACAACGAGGAGACUUUAGAGUUUUUAUUGCAAAACACUGUGGAGCCAACUGAAACAAGCAAGGAAGAGAGGGAAGCGCUGAAAGACGUUAGACUGUAUCUGGAUUUGGUGGGCGGGAUAAAUGUGAGUGUGGGUGUAUGUGCGGAGAAACUGUUGAGGAAGUACUUCUUGGCGGCGCGCAGGGAGAGUCCCCGGCGUGUGCCCGUGAGCAGCAUGGGGUGGCUGGUGGCGAGCUGCAUGACGAGCGCGCGGCUGUGCCAGCGGGCCACGGCGGGCGCGGACGACGCGGUCUUCGCCAUCUGGCUGCACGCGUGUGGCGCUCUGGAGCCGCGUUGCGCUCCAGAAGAGUACCUUCAGACUCCAACUGAUGUGCAAACCUUGCAAAACAUGAUGGACAAGUUUAAACACUGGCUAGAGCAGUUCAUUGGUAGCUAUAUCUUGUAGACCUUCUAAGGUUAAUUAUAAGUAGGUACCUACAUAAAUAAUAAAAAGUAAU